CAUCAAUAACAUCUAGCACUCUCAUUCUUCACUUUCACAUUUCAAAGAAGAGUACACAUUUUCAUAGGACAUAAAAUAUGGCGAGCCAAAUGAAAUCAUUUCUCUUCUUAUUAAUUCUCCUUGUUGUCUCAAAAACCGUCAUAUCAGCUAGAAAACCAUCCAAAUCUCAAUCAAAACCCUGCAAAAACUUCGUUCUCUACUAUCAUGACAUAAUGUUUGGCGUCGAUGACGUGCAAAACGCGACUUCUGCUGCCGUUACCAACCCUCCAGGACUAGGGAAUUUCAAAUUCGGCAAGCUCGUGAUUUUCGACGAUCCAGUGACCAUAGACAAAAACUAUCAAUCCGAACCUGUGGCACGUGCUCAAGGAUUUUAUUUUUACGACAUGAAGAACGAUUACAAUGCGUGGUUCUCGUACACACUUGUGUUUAACUCAACUCAACACAAAGGGACGUUAAACAUAAUGGGAGCAGAUCUUAUGAUGGAGAAAACGAGAGAUUUGUCUGUGGUCGGAGGGACAGGUGAUUUCUUCAUGUCUCGAGGGAUUGUUACGUUUGAGACUGAUACCUUUGAAGGUGCCAAAUAUUUCAGGGUCAAGAUGGAUAUUAAACUAUAUGACUGUUAUUAAAAGAAAGCAAAAUAAGAGAAUAUGGAAGUGUGUGUGUGUGUGUGUUUGGUUACUCUGCAACUUUAGAUAAUUGAAUAAAGCUUAAGUAGUGUAACAGUCUUAUCUUUGGGAUUAUUAUAUGUAUUCUGUUAUAUUUAUAUGGUUUGAUGCAAUCCAUAUUAAUAAUAUGGAUAUUAUCCGUUAUGUCACGUGUGGUGGAAUGACUAAUCUUUUGUGUGAUACUGUAAUAUAACUGUUUCCCACAUGA